UAUAAAAAAAUGUUAUUUAUUUAAUAAUUCAUCAAUUAAUGUAUAAAAGUAAAUUUAUUCAAAUCUAUCAGUAUCAGUAUUUAUAAAUCUAAUUAUUAUUAAGUCAUAUUUAUUGAGAAAUUAAUUGUGAAAUUCUUCUACUUGAUGUUCAUCUGAGAAUUAUUGUGUUUGCUCAUGUGUUUAUUCUUUGUUCAAAUAAUUGAAUGAAAGUUCUUACAAGUUGUCAAGAGGAUUAUGUGGCUCGAGAGAUUGUUGUUUAGGAUCAGCUCGUGAAUCUAAAGAGCGAUCCUGUAGGCAUUGAGAUGACACAAAGAAUGAAUGUGGGGUCAACAAAAUGGACAGGUGUUUUAUUGAUAUUUUUUAUCACAAGACUGUCGCAAUCUCAAACAACAACAGUGUCCUUGAAUCAAGAAGCCAUCAACAGCACAGAGGAACCCGUGGAUUUACAAUCAGGAAACCGCACGAUCUUACGUAAAGCUGAUCAAGGAGUUGAGUUCGUGCAUUUAGCAGCCUUGAACGAUGAUAGGGAACGUCAAACACCUUUCUAUUCCACCACAACGUCUACUAUCGAAUCUACUCCAACACAUGAUUCUUUAUCUAACUCCACCAACAACCAAAGACAAUUAAAUUACGAAGAAAAACAAUUACCAGUUAAUCAUGAACAAGAGAAGAUAAUAAAAUUACAAAAGAUUAAUGCAACAAAGACUGAGAAACCUGGAAAGAAUUUAGAAAAUAAUCAGACUUCAGAGAGGAAACAUUUUUUCGAAAAAUUAAUGAUUCAUCCUCAUUCGAUAAUUAGUGAAGAAAAAAGGCCAAGUUCUGAAUUGAAUAUGAAAGAUGAUGCUGAAGAGCUUGAAGAAAAUUUUGAAAAUCAAGAACCCAUGACACCAAGAUCAACAAAAGACAUUUCAUUGUUGAAUGAUACGAUGGUGAAUUACAAGAAAAAUGCUACAAACAUAAUAGAAAAAUCCAAAGAUCCUAAAAACGAGAUAGAAAUAAUAAAAAAUCCUAUUUUACCCAAAACAUUGAGGAUAAUGCAAAACAUUACAGAUGAUGAAGAAAUUGGAGAAAUGACUGAGAAGAUUUCAGAUAAAGCAGAAAAAAUGAUCAAUACAACAGAGGAGUUGAAAGAUGAUGAAAAGAAUAUUAAUUUAACUCCAAAAGGUCGUACGAUAUCAUUUGGAGAGUCCAAUAGUUUUAGCAGCACAGAAGAGAAAGCAAUUGGUUCAACAAAGGAACAUUUAGAGGUUGGAUUCACAAAGGAGGUGAGACCUUAUCCAUAUCUCAAGAGUCCAAGUAGUAGUUCUAUGAACAAAAGUCUGGUGAAAGAAUCAGAUGAAAUAUUUGCUCUUGAGAAUACAAUAGGUAAGAAUAGCAAGGAUGAAAAAUUUAUAUUAACUGAGCCUUCAGUUGUUAUCGAUAACAGCAUUCAACAAAUAAAGCCAUUAAAUCAAAAGAGGUCAGGGAAUUCGUCAAGAAUUGUUGUUAAUGUAUCUGAAUCUACAAUCAGACCUACAUUAUUGAAAAUAAAUUUGAACUCAACUUUUGAACUGAGUGAUAAAAUCAAAGAAAAUGUUAAUGAUAUCCCACGAAAUGAUGAUAUUCGUAAAAGUACCUUAGAUUUAACGGAAAACGGGUUAAUAGAUAAUUCUGAUAAGAAUGUAACUAGUUCCGAUUUAUUGAAGAAUACACAAAUGAGUUUUACAGAAUCUACAACGGAGAUGAUCAAGAAGAAUGAAAAUUUAAAUGAGACUUUAAUUAAAAUGGUCGAUAAAAUUAAAAUAGAAGAGCCAAAAGUUCAUUUAACUUCAUCAAAUGUCACUGAAAAGUCGGCAGAAAUAAAAAACUUCCCAAAUACUACUCCGAGUAAUUCAAAUUCUUCAACUUUGGAAUCUUCAAUUUCAUCAACGACGUUGAAAAUUCCGUUUGAAUCAACCACUACAGUCUUACCAGUAACAGACAAUACUCCAGCAUCGUCAUCUUCUGUACCGAUAUUAGAUAAGAAUGCUACGAUUUCAAAAGAAAAUUGGAAAUUUAAUUCUGAUGGAAGAGGAUUUGAUCCUGAAACAACCACUCUUGGAGUUGUAUAUGAAUUUGUUGGACUUACAGAGACAACAGAACCAUCAGAUAUUAUAAAAAAUGUCACAGAUAAUAUUGAGAUAAAUUUAUCAUCAACAUUUCCAACAAGUUCUCCAGACAUGACAACUCCUUUAACGAAUUCAGCUAUUAACUUGACAACAAUAAAAAUUAUCGAUGACACAACUGUGAUAACAACUUUAGACGAUAACAUUAAUGUCACAACUGAGUUUAAUUAUUCUGAAGAGUCAGUUUCAACAACAGAAAGCGGUUUUAUUGACACCACAAUUAUUCCAAUAACUUCAAGUACAAAUUCCUCAGAUGUUGAACCUGUAACAACUAUCAAAGAAAUAGCAACGAUAUCUUCUAUAAAUGUUACCGAAGAAUUUACACCUCUUGAUAAUUCUACUGACAACAAUACGUUUAACUCAUCAUCAUCAUCAUCAUUAGAUUUGCCAACAGAAGUUUCUUUAGAAACUCCAUCGACAACUCCUGAAACUAUAAUUAUUGAAUCAAGUACAGAAAUGACAGGAAAUGAGCUGGAAACUUCAACCAAUGUAUUGAGUAGUUUAAACUCGUCUGAAACUAAUGAUGAUACUAAGUAUGAAACAAGUUCCCAAAGAGGCCCUACAAGUUUUACAACUUCUCCAAGUGUUGAAGAACAAACCACAAUGGUUAUUACAAUACCAACUUCGACGGAAACUCAAGAAUUCACUCCUGAGGAUGUUCCUCUUCUAGUGGGAAUUGUUGUUGAGGGUGGUUGGGCUGAUAUUUGCCCCCAUUUACCAGCGUUAAGAAAAUCUCUGGCAGAUUUAUUGACUACUGGAAUGGAGAAAAUCAUCCUACCAAUACAAAUUGUUUUCCAAAAGAAUCCAUGCAUGGACAAUACUAUAAUGAGUUCUAGAACAAUGGAAUUAAUGAUCUCAACCAUAUUGUUGUAUGUAACUGAUGAGAAUGGAAAUUUUGAUCCGAUUAUGACUAAAAGCUUACCAACUUUAUACUCAAAAAUUCCGUUUAAAUCAAAUUUAACUAUUCGAAGCUUACAAUUAGUUCAAGAUGGUGAUUCUGGAAAUGCUAUAGCAGUCGUUGUGAUAUCCUGUGUAGCAUUUAUCUGUCUCGUUUUAUUAGCAAGUCUACUGUUCAUUAUGAGAAAACGUCAAACGAGAUUUAAUUACGGUGAAAGAUGUCGUCCAGUAUCUUUGGAUGCAUAUAGUUUAGAUAGCGUUUCGGCUUACAACAGUGUUAGAAGAAAAGGAGCAGCAAGAGCAUCAAAACGAAGCUAUGGAAAUCCUACAUUUGAAGAUUCAAGUGCAAUUCCAUCGCAUCCAUUAAAUUUUGUUGGACUAUCAUCAUUUUGUAACGAACAGAAUGCAAUACAUGAAGAAUUUUCAAAUAUCCCUCAAGUGACAGCUCGAAUAGAUGAAUUACCACCAGGAGCUGAGGUUAAAAAUAGAUACGCCAAUGUAGUACCACUUCCAGAGACAAGAGUGCCACUUUUAAAGAUUAACAAUGAUCCAUUAAGUGAAUACAUAAAUGCUAGUUACGUACGUGGUCCAAAGAACGCGACCAAGUAUUACAUAGCUUGUCAAGCGCCAAUUGAGUCUACUAUUACUGACUUCUGGCGUAUGAUUUGGGAGCAACAAUCUAAAGUGAUUAUUAUGCUAACGGAUCUUAUUGAAAAUGGUGUAGAAAAAUGUGCUGAAUAUAUUCCUCCUUCAGAAGUCACUGAUUGUCAUCGACUUUAUGGUGACUAUCAAGUGACCCUUAAGAAACGAGAGACCAAAGAGAAAUAUGCUAUUUCUACUUUACAUUUAAAGAACCUGGAAAAUAAUACUUAUCGCGAAAUAUCACAUAUCUGGUAUUUGUGGCCGGCGAAUGGUGUUCAAACAGAUACAGCUGGACUGAUAGCAGUAAUCUUAGAAGCUAGAGCACUUCAACGAGGUGGUCCGGGACCAAUAGUUGUUCAUUGCAGUCCUGGAACUGGAAGGACUGGCACAUUAAUAGCUCUAGAUUUAGGAAUAAGACAAUACGAGAUUACUAGGACUGUUGAUGUACCUAGGGUUGUUUAUACAAUUAGAAGAGAUCGAGCUGGGGCUGUGCAAACUAAAGAGCAAUAUGCUUUUAUUUACAAGGCAUUGAAUUUAUAUGCAACAAAACUUGCUGGAGGAGGUUUGGAAUCCACUUGACGUUUAAGAAUCGUCGAGGAAGAAACAAACGACCAUAAUUUUGUUGAUAAAAACACGAUCUAAGUCAAUAUUUAAUGAAAAUAGUGCAUAAAUAAAUAAUAUAAACGAAUAAUAUAAACUAUAACUCAUAAAUUCGAAUUGAAUGUAUUGUCCUGUGACUAUUUAUAUUAAGCCAAACUAUUAGAGAUGUAUUACAUCAAUGUUAUAUUAUUAAUAACAUGUCUGUCUGUGAAAACUCAAUCAUUCAAGCAACUAUUAAAUAAUUGAAUAAUUAUAUUAUAAAAAAUACUAAGAAUAUCAAAAAUAAGUAUUGAGUUAAAGUUAAUUAGAAAAAAAAAAAGUUAUUUAUAAUUAAAAAAAAUCAAUUAUUGAUAAAGUAAAUAUAAUCAACAAUUGAUAUAAAAUUAUAUGUAUGAUACUCAUUCAAUGUUUAUGAUGGUAAUUAUUUAUCUCAUCAUUUGAAUCAAUAUUUUUUCGUCAUGCCUGCGCGGAAAGUUCACUUUUCCAUUGGAGAGGGGUUGAACUUUCCACUCAGGUAUGACGAAAAAUUAUAUUCAGCCCUAAGGAGGACAAUUAGACAAGCUUAAACCACGUGUUUACCCCCCUCGCCUUCGGCUCGGGUUGUAAUUUUACACGUGGUUUGAGCUAGUCUACUUUUCCUCCCUAGGUGUGAAAUAUACUAUAUUUACUAUAAACGUCUCUCUAUGGAUAAAUAAUUAUUAAAAAUUGUAUUCUGUGUUAUAGUUACCGAAAAGUUGC